AGUCCUUGGACUACCCAAAUUUGUAAGUAUAGCUCGCUGCAUUUCGAAGCGAACAUCUCGAGGCAGCGCUACUGCAAAGCGAACCCUAAACCUGUAGUUCGCACUUACUGCCGCGCCGUCCAUCGCGGCGUGAUGGAGCGCGCCGCCCUUCAGCUCGGCGCGCUGCUCCUGACGUGCCUCGCGGUCUCGCGAGUCGACUGCGUUCCCCUCGCCAACUCCCAGGCGCAAGUCCUGCUGGACUGGCAGACGGCGUGGAACACAACGAUAAAAGGCUGGGAAGUGGGCGGGGACUGCAGCAGUGCGAGCAAUCUCACCUGCGAUGCCCAAGGCAUGAUAACGGGCAUAUCCCUGCAAUACAACAGCUUGAGUGGCGCCAUUCCUCCCUCCAUUGGCAAGCUCACAAAUCUUCGUACCUUGGAUUUUUCACAUAAUAAUCUGACUGGCCCACUUCCAGCAACAAUAGCCAGCCUUCGGCAUUUGGCAGAGAUGGACCUUAGCUACAACAGGUUUACUGGUACCAUUCCUGACUACAUUAGCAAGCUCACAACCGUUACUCACUUAAAUAUUGGCGCCAACAGCUUUACGGGCACAAUUCCGGACUCCAUUCUGAAGCUUUCAAAUCUUCGUAACUUGGUAUUGCAAUACAAUGGCCUCACUGGCACGAUUCCCAGCUCCCUUAGCAAUCUCACAAACCUUUCCUACCUAGACCUGGCGUACAACAGCCUUAGUGGCACAAUUCCCCGCUCCCUUGGAAAUCUCACAAACCUUUCUUACUUAUGGGUCCUCAAUAACAAACUGCGUGGCUCAAUACCAGAAACCUUCAGCAACCUUCAAAAAGUGACAUAUUUAAACUUUGGCUACAACACUUUGACGGGCUCGAUUCCUGAAUCCAUCAACAAACUCUCAAAUCUCCGUGGCUUGUUUCUUCAUGGAAAUAACAUGGUUGGCCCAAUAGAACCCAUGAUUGAUAGCCUUCCAAAAUUGAUCGACUUAUACCUUCACAUCAAUAACUUCACUGGCAUAAUUCCUGACUCCAUUGCCAAGCUCACAGAUAUCCGUGUCAUGUAUGUUCAUCGAAACAGACUGACUGGCUCAAUACCAGCUGCAUUUAGCAGCCUUAAAAACUUGCUCAUAUUGAGAUUAAACAACAAUGGCUUCACCGGAUCCAUUCCAUCCAUUAUUGGACUUUUGGCCAGCUUGACACAGUUAGGGCUUGGCAACAAUAGCUUGACUGGCACAAUCCCUGACUCUAUUGGCAAGCUGCCAAGUCUUGCCACCUUAAGGCUUGGCGUAAACAAGCUGUCUGGCUCGAUACCAGCAACAAUAGGCAACCUUAAAGACUUGACCAACUUAGACCUUGGCAACAACAGCUUGACUGGUGCAAUUCCUGACUCCAUUGGGAAGCCCUCGAAUCUUGGUUCCUUGAAUCUCCGUGAAAACAAACUGACUGGCUCGAUACCAACGACAAUAGGCAACCUUCAAUAUUUGACCACGCUGGACCUGUCUGCAAACAGCUUGACCGGAUCCAUUCCGUCCAUUCUCGGGCGUAUGAGCAACCUGGAAAACUUACAACUUUCCAACAACAGCCUGACUGGCAGCAUUCCCCAGUCCAUUGGCAACCUCGACCAACUCUCUGCCUUGAAUCUGACUGGAAAUAGAAUCACAUGCCCUGCUGACUUCACCCAAUGCGUUGUCAACCAAAAUCUUUCAAGCACCUUUUGCGGCACAUGCCCCAAUUUUUGCAACACUUGUGUCAAGCCUGCACCACCGGCCCCCUCACCAUCUCUAACGGCCACCACAACACCCCCAUCGACGCCCACUGGGUCUCAAGCACCAUCUUCGUCCUCCCCACCAUCCCCCUCCUCACCUGGAACGUCGACCUCCCAGUCUGGAGGCGGUUUGUCAGCAGCAGCCAUUGCUGGCAUUGCUGUGGCUGUUGUGGCUGCCCUGCUGCUGUUGUUGAUUGGCUUGCUGCUUUUAUAUUGGAGAAGCUACAAGAAAGAAGCAGCGCAAGGAGCAGCUACAGCAAUCAAGGAGGGGAAGGAUGUGGGAGCACACGGGGAUAUUGAAGACCUGGCUGGCAGCGUGGCAGCCUCUCGCUGCACCGAGUACUCCCUUGAGGAAGUCAUGGCAGCCACGAGCAACUGGUCCGAUGAUAACCGGCUUAGCUCGGGCACCUUUGGUGAUGUUUACAAGGGCGUGUCUCCGAGGGAUGGCACCAUGCCGUGGGCCGUCAAGCGAGCUAAAUUGCUUGAUGCUGACUUUCAGAGAGAGGUCCGACAAAUCGCGGACAAGAACCAUCCCCACGUUGUUCGACUACUCGGGUUUUCCGUUGGAGGGGACAUGAGGAUACGGCCAGAGCAAGUCUUGAUCUACGAGUUCGUUCCCAACGGUGACCUGGAUACGUGGAUCAGUACAGAAGCACCCUUCCCUCUGAGUUUCAAGCAGCGGCUGAACAUCCUCAUUGGUGCUGCACGUGGCUUGGAGUACCUCCACAGCUUUGGCCUUGUGCAUCGCGACAUCAAACCCGCCAACAUCCUCCUCGGAGCAGACAUGCAGGCCAAGAUUGCUGACUUUGGGCUCGUGAGGGUGGUAGAGGGCUCCAUGGUGGGCACUACUCGAGUCAUGGGAACACCGGGCUACGUGGAUCCGAUUUACUCAAGGACGUCUAUGGCAACCACCGCCACUGACGUCUACAGCUUCGGUGUGCUGAUGCUUGUGGUCCUCACUGCCCGAAGCCCCACCACUAUGGGUGGUGGAGAGGGUAACCACAUUCUGAAAUGGGUAAAGGGCUGCCUGGCAUCGGACAGCCCGACCCGCCUCAAGGACCUCAGCAUGGACGCCCCUGAUGAUGCUGUGCUGCGCUUGGCCCAGCUGGCUCUCACCUGUACUGCAGAGCGCACUGCGAGUCGCCCAAGGAUGACACGCGUUGCCACUGAGUUGCAGGGUGUCAGGGAUGAGGUGGUGGGGAAAGAGGAGCUGAGUGCAGCAGUCAAGGUGGAUGAGCAAGCACAAGAGAUGAAACGCUCAUCAAACAGGGAUGCUCAUCUGCAGUGCAUUGACAACCUUCUGGAAGGAAAGUCGUUUGAAUAUCAGCCAACAUAUGUAGUAGGCCCUUAGGAGCGGAUUUCGAUUUCGACCAGCUUCUAACUGGUUGCGCCCUGAAAUUCAACUCCCCGUCACUGUUUUGCGUGACUUGGUUCGUGCGUAUUCGGCUGCCUUAUUUUCCACGAGUUUGUACUAAGGGCAAGAUUCACAACCAUGAAUAAUUUGGGUCAACGGUUUUA